GGCGCGGUGCGUUUGUGUGUGUCGUGUUGCUGUCGCGGCUCGGCGCCCGUGUGUGCGAGCCGCUUUUGUGCGCCGCCGACAGUGGCAACGGCGUCGUUCACCGCCGCUGACCAAAUACUGGACAGACCACGCGUCAGCACCAGCUAGUUGCCUGCGCUCCCCGAGAAUUUUUCCGAGGUGCUGAACCUCCAAAGGACGGAUGCUGUCCGUGGAGUAGUGCCGGCCCAGCUACAGCGUGUAGUGGCCAAGCAGGCAGCCUUCAAAACCAGUGGGAAACCGUCAAGCCAACACUGACUUUUUGGUCUUCCUACGCUAGUCUCGGAACUACCAUGGCCGAUGUUGAAGGCGGUUCCUCGCACUGGCCUCUGCAGACGGCGCGGCCGUCUUUCGCCGAGCCCAGGUAGACAACGGCCAGUGAGCGAGGCAGUCCGCCAGGUCGCAGACAGCCCGCACCAAUGUUCGGGCUCAAGUUCCGGUCGUGGAUGGAGUCGCACAUCGUGCGACCGCGGAAGAAACAACAGCAGCAGCAGCAACAACAACAACAGCAGCAGCAGCAGCAACAUCAACAACAACAGGCGGGGUCGGCGGCGGCGGCUGCGGGCCGCGGCGCUAAGGCGUUCGGCGGCGGAAAAUCGUCGGGGGCGGGACCCGGGGGAGGCAGGGGCGGCCGGCCUCUAGGCUCCGCGGGCAACUCCCCCAGCAGCCCGGGCCGGUCGCGCAGGGACCGCGAAGCCUCUGCUCAGGCUGCGGCGGCGGUGGCGGCGUCGGCGUCGGCGGGGGGCGGCAUCUCGCUGCUGGCGCAUGCGCAGCAGCGCGGCACGGCGCACAGCCUGUCGUCGCCCGAGUCGGCGUACUCGACCGGCUACUCCACCGACGGCACGUCUCCGGGCGCCUCCUUCCCGCCGGAGUACUACAUCAACCUGCGCACCGGCACGCACUACUUCCACAGCAGCGGGGGCGGCGCGGGCUCAGCCGGAGGCGGAGGCGGAGGACCGGCUGGCGCGGGGGCGGCGGCCGGCGCGCUCGGGCACCAGCCGCAGCUUGCGUACUACCACCACCAGCACCACCACCACCAGCAGCCGUUUCCGCCUCAACACCCGAGGCUCGUACAGCGGCUCCGCACAGCGUCCGGUGUGCAGGUGUCUGAGGGCGCGGCCGUGGUGCCCAGCCACCGGCGCACCGAGUCCUACGACGAGUGCCGGCGCGUGCCCGUGCCGCCCGGGCAGCUGCCGGCCGACGGGCAGGCGCAGCCGCAGCCGCAGCCGCCAGCGCGCGCCAGCUACGCGUUGCCCGACGAGUACUCGUCGCCGCCCGCGACGAGCGCGGCGCCGUCCCCGCGGCAGCGCAACCGCAUCCGCACCAACCCCUGGCUGGCGGGCAGCUCGCUCAGCUCGAGCGCCUCCUCGUCGUCGGCGGGCCGCGGCAGCCUCGCCGGCGUCUCCGGGCCCCAGCAGCAGCCGCCGGCGCCGGCCCGCGCCCAGCGCCCGCUAGAGUCCUCCAGCGGCAGCGACGCCACGCUGCCCCGGCGCGCCAACGACGCCGCGGCCGCCACGGCGGGCCGCGUGUGGGGUCGGCAGGCCGCGACGCCCACGCCGCCCCCCGGCAGUGGCAGCCGCGGCAGCGCCUCGCCCGCCCCCGCAGGCGCCGCGGCGGCAGCCGGCCCUCACGGUCCAGGCUCUGCCGUGACGUCACCGCGGCGCGCCAGCCUCUGCUCGUCGACGUCCUCGUCGACGGUGUCGUCCGCCUCGUCGUGCGGCGUGGGUGGUGCGGGCCCCGGCGUGGGCGGCGGCUCGUCGGCGGCCAGCAGCGGCUGCGGCGGCGGCCGGGCCUGCGUGUCGGCGCCCGUGGGCCGCGCCACGCUGUCCGCACAUCUCUCCCUGUCCGCCGACGAGCACGACGAGUUGGAGCUCGACGACGAGGACGACCUCACGCUCAACGAGAUGCUCGGCAAGUUCGACGAGAGCUACGUCUAUGAGAAGGAAACGGAUAUCCUAAGCGACAGCGAUCCCACGGACUGUGACGAAGACACGGACUUCGACACGGGCCAAGAGUGCGGCGACGACGACGGCGACGUGGACGGCGACGACGAAGACGAGGGCGAGGCUGGCAGCGGCGAGGCGGACGGGGGCGGCGGGGGCGGCAGCGGCAGCGGCGACCUGGCGGACGAGGAGGAGCUGGACUUCAUCGACAACGGGUCGUGCGUCGACGUGGAGGCGGUGGAGGAGCGGCGGCGGCCGGCGCGCAACCGCGGCCACUGCACCUACCACAUCCCGGCAGACCUGUUGCCGCAGCCGCCGUUCAGCCAGCAGCAGCAGCAGGCUGUGCCGCAGGCGCAGACGCAGCCGGCGCCGGCACGCAAGCCCUCCGGCCGCUACCGAGAGUCUUUCCUGCGACGCUCCAGCGCCCGCCGGCACUCGGCCGCCCGCUCGGCGCUGCACGUCACCUCCGAGCAGUCGCAGGCGGCGGCUGCUGCUUCUGCCGACGCCUCCCCGGCCGCUAGGGAGGCCACCGGCAGUCCGCUGCCCGUGGCGCGGCAGCACAGUGCCAGGCGUUCGGCGGACGAUGGUUUUCCAGUGGGACGUAGAAGCUCCAGUCGACACCACCAUCACCAUCAUAUGCAGCAGGCACAUGGUCAGCCAGGGUCACGGAAUUCGAGCGAAAAGAAGAGGCCAUCUCGGUGCUCUGUGCGUCGCUCUGCGAAUAGCAGCAUCAGGGAGAGACAGCACGAAUCUGAUCACGACCGGGACCGUGAAAGAGAGUGGCCCAGUGCUGGAUCAAGAACAGGUGCUGCUGGAUCGCCAUUACCCAAACAUAAUGGGUUGCAUCACCAGCAACAGGCGCAACCACAGCAAUACACCGACAGAUCAGCCGACGUACAGCUGGGUCCCAGUGUCAUGAAUCUCAACAAGGUCCUCAUGCAGAAGAUGCUGGAGCGUACUGGCGUGACUGGAACAAGGAGCGCUGGAAAUACUCCCAUAAGCCUGCGCAGGCGAAUUCUUGAAGGUGAAGGAGUACCACUUUCGCCAUCUAGGCUGAUAAACAAAAAUAUUAGACCACUGCAUCCCAUGAAUUGUAACACUGGUGCCAAUGGGAACUGGAACCAAGAUGUCUCACCUAAGAUGAUUACAGAUGUAUACUGCUCCCCUCAGAAACAGCGUUCAAAUUCCGUGAGCUCCACAGCCAGACGAAGCGACACUGGCUGCGGAGGUACCUACGGUGGAGGAAACAGCCUGAUGCGCAAUGGUGCUCGAGGCAAUGCCAAUUACUUGGCAACAUUUUCAUCUGAGAUGGCACUUGUGGAAGCAGACAAAGAAGCGGACCGUAAAUAUAGAGAGUUAAUCCUAGAAGCAGAAAAUAUUCUGGUCAGCAUGAAAGGAGGUAUAAUGGAUAAAACUACAAAUUUCAUGCUUCCAAAACCUAAACCAUAUUUCUUGAACUCAAAUUAUCUCAAUGACAAUUGUCCCAGAACCAAACCACCAGCAAUGCUUAAAAAUUCUGCUAAUGAAGAAACGACAGUAUUAAAUUCUGGCUCCAGAAAUGAAUUGAGGUCACCACCAGAAAUUUUAAGAUCACGUACAACCUCACCAAAACGAAUUGUAGAGAAUCACAAUGAAGAUCAAGAUUUGCAAAAUGGUAACACGUUUUCGAUGACAGGAGAGGACUCAUUCAAGCGACAUAAAGAGCCAGACAAAAUCCUAGCCAGCCCAAGAAAGAGACAGAACAGAAAUAUCAGAAGUAUGCCAGUGCAAGGAUCCAGUUCAUCUGAAUCUGAUGGCUCCUCAACCCCACAUCAGGAAGAUGUAACUUUCUCUCCAAAGAUACCAGUUUCUGCCAGCACUAAUAAUUUUCAGAGACCUGCUCUGACAACAUUCCGCUCUAUUGAUAUUGGAAAUGCAGCUGAUGGGUCUAGAUACUGCCCACAAAGUGAACCUGUCAAAAGGAAGGUAUACACAUGCAGUGCAACAUUUGACAGACUGCAAAAGUCUUUAGAAAAAAGCCAGCAUACAUCUUUCAGACAAAAAAGCGGUUCUGCCAAAAAUACUACCAAUGAAGGAGAGAAGAGUGGGCGUGAAAGCUUAAAAGAGAAGUUAGAACAGUUGCGGAAAGAACGUCUUGAAGUUGAAGCAAAAGUUCGAGAGGCACAAGAAGAUGAAAGGAGAAGAUUUGAUGACAAAAGGCAGUUCUCUCUGUUACGGCGUCAGAUGCUUGUACAUACAAUUGAAGGCCUGAAGAAAAGUCUUGAGGACCAAUCAGCUAAACUUCAGGAAACUUACCAGCCAGAUAUUGAAGUACCUGUAAGUAACAGGAGGCACUCAAGCAGCAGUAUUGGCCUGCAGCAGGAGGCAGACUGCAUUGAAAAUGAUCAGUAGCAAAGCUAAUGAGUAAGGAAAGAAAGUGCAAAUAUAGCACCUAAAGUAUCAUUAUAGUGCCCUAUGAAGGGCUUCUCAUGAGACUGAUAAACUGGUUUAUGUGUUAGAAGCUAUCAAAAAGUCCCCAUUUGAGUGUCGAAUUAAAAAAAAAAAAUAUGUUUAUUCAAUGGGAGCAACAGAAAGUGUCUUGAGCAAUUCUAUUUUGAUAUCUAAGCGUCACAAUAAUAUGAACUCAUGAGCUUCUGGAAGUUAUGCAUAUUCCUUUUUUUUUAAAUAAUUGAUGUAUGUGGACAAUGCAAAUGACUAUAAUUGAUGUUCAGUUAUGUAAAAGAAUGUAUUUAUGUAUAUAUAUAUAUCACUCAAGAAGCAAUUGGUAAAUAAAUAUGAGAGACUGUUGGCAGUGCUCAAGCACAGUAAAUAUGCAAUAUUCCUGAGGCUGUAUACUCUAUAAUUGUUAUUCAGUAUAAAGUGGUUUCCACUAAAAGCAUAGAAGUUUUAUAGAACACAGUGAACCUCCUGUAGAAUUUCACAACAAGUAAAUUAACAAAUUGCAUUGGUUCCAAGUGAUGUCUUGCACAAUAAUGAAUAAUGAGGUAGAAAUAGAAAUAACUUGCCCAUUCAAGAUGUGUUGACAAAAAGUUUAUAUCUGCAUUUGGACAAAAAUGUUAGUUAACCUAAAACCUGCUUGAGAAAAUGGUAAAACUUUUGUUAUUCAGACAUUAAAUUUCCAUCUAUUGUGUUAUUUUUAACAGCAUCUUAAUACUGAUAUACUGAAUUGGGCAAAUGAUGUAUAUUAUUUUUCUUAUAUUAAGCUGUAGAAGUAUUCCAUGAAUGUUUGUAGUCCCUAGAAUGUAUAAUAUUCCUCUAGGAUGGAAAGAAAAAUGAUAUAUGCAUUGGCAUGGAAAACAGUAGCUGUCAAAUCUUAACUAGGAGAAACCUGUUAACCAAACCACAAUAUCUACAAUGCUAGAAUGACAGAAAAAUGUCAUGUAGAAAAUAUUAGAAUAAUAAAACUUAAAAUAGCAUCUCCCAGAUAGCUUUGUCAUAUAGAUUGUGGUAGAAACAAUACGUUUGUUAGACAAUUGUGUCAAUAUGCAAUUAGCAGCUGUUUUCCAAUAGAGUAUCUCAUUUAUGUAACUUCCUGCUGUGAACAAACUACAGGUACUAUUGUCAACCUUUGGCACACUUUUUUCCUGAAAUAUUUACAGAUUGGUUCACUUCAAAUAACAAUCUGUGUACCACUUUAAAACUGUGUCUUCAGAAAAGAACCAAAGCAAUUACUUACAUGAAUCUUUAUAGUUUGUAUCUAUGAAAAGAUCUACUGAAAUACCAAAGAAAUAAGUUGGUAAGAAAAGUUUAUGAUAAUAUUGAAGAGGGUUUCUAUUACAGUGCUCUGGGCAUAGUAAAGAUAUGGCUGUGUGCAGAAAAUGUAGUUACUUCAGUUUUCUGUUUUUGUAUUUUGUUUCAUUUUAUGUAUGGAAAUAUUAUUUAUAUGACAGUUUUGUUAACAAAAUGAAGUUUCAACUGAUAUUUUGAAACUGAACUUUGUAAAUAAAAGAUAUUAAGUUAUG